AUGGCCACCGAGAGUUCAGAUAUGCCGCGUCGACGGUCCUUGCCAGGGGCUAAUCCUCCUUCUCCGAUCAGCAAACUAGGGGACGACCUCCUCUUCGAAAUUCUGAUUCGCUUGCCCAACCCUAGAUCCGCCUGCCGGAGCAAAGCCGUGUGCAAGCAGUGGAGAUCUCUGGUUUCUAAACCCUGCUUCAGUCGCCGCUUCCUUUCUCACCACCAGAGCAAGAACAAUCCACCACCUCCUAAGCUUAUUCUCUCGGCUGACAGCCUUCUGAGUUUUCUCCCCGUGCCCGGCCUUCUUCCUGACGAGGAAUUCAUCGUUUUUGAUUGCUUCAAGGACUUGCUUUUAUGCGGGUUUAGGAGCCGUGCUAAUCCUCAACUCGCCAGAUCGUACCUGCUCUGCAACCCAUUUACGGAGCAAUGGGUCGCCCUUCCUUUGGCCCCUGAAAGGCCAGUGUGGUUGAGGAGAGUGUCAGCAAGAGUCUGGAGAUUGGACCAAGGAGGCUGGUGUAGUUGA